AUGCGCGCUGUUCGAUUCCAUGGACGGGAGGAUCUCCGUCUAGAUGAGAUCGAAGAACCAGAAUGCGAGAGUGGUCAAGUCAAAGUAUAUACGACCGGCCUUUGUCGGGAUAUGCGGCAGUGGUAUGAGCCCAAGAUCCCGAGACUUCCUCUUCAUUCCUCUCAUGUACUGGCAGAUCUCCACGAGUAUCUCGCCGGCCCGAUGGUCGUGCCCGUCAGCCCGCACCCGAUCACCGGAGAGAAGCUCCCAACCACUCUAGGCCAUGAAUUCAGCGGAACCAUCGAAGAGAUCGGCAGGGACGUAACCGAUCUGAAAGUCGGCGAUCGGGUCGCCGUCAAGCCGAAUCUGUACGACGGCAUCUGUCCAAGUUGCUCGAUGGGACGGGUGAACUGCUGUGAUAGUCUGGGGUUUAUCGGGUACAGCAGUCAGACCGGCGGACUAUCCGACCAUAUGGUUAUGGACCAGAAACACGCGAUUCCACUGCCGGACUCGAUUCCCCUAGACAUCGGCGCACUGGUGGAACCUCUUAGCGUCGCAUGGCACGCCGUCAGCCGCAGUUCGCUUCAAAACAACGACACUGCUUUAGUCGUCGGAGCCGGCCCUAUCGGUCUCGCCAUCGUCUUAGUGCUGAAAUCCCGAGGAGUCAGGAACAUCAUUGUGGUGGAGGUUUCCGAGAAACGAAGACUCUUUGCCCGCACCUUCGGAGCCACCGAGAUCCUGAACCCCAGUGAAGUAGACGUCGUGGCACAAUUACAUGCCUUGACCAGGGAUGCACGCGGUGUAUCUAUGGCAUUUGAAUGCUCCGGGGUGCAGGCAGGGCUGGAUACUGCGAUAUCGGGCACCCGCGUGCGCGGGACAACGGUCAUCGUGUCGAUUUGGGACAAGAAACCGGCUAUCGAUGCCUUGGCUCUGGUGCUGUAUGAGAAGCAUGUCACUGGGGCUGUGGUUUAUGAUGAUGGGGACUUUGAGGCGGUGAUUGAGGCUAUUGCUUCGGGAAAAAUCCAGCCGCGACCUAUGAUUACCAGCAAAAUUGCAAUGGAAGACGUGGUGGAGAAGGGGUUCCGGGCCCUGAUCCAUGAAAAAGAUCAGCAUGUCAAGAUCUUGGUUGAUGUUUCUGCAUGA